AUGGUUGCACGCAACAGGUGCCUGGAAGGGCGCCUGCCAAUCUGGGGGCUGUGCGGGUACCGCCUCCAAGGAGCCACCAUCAGCAUGAUCAUUGAUGUCUAUGUGCAUGCCUCAGUCAUUGUGAAUGCACUCAUUGCCACUCUGUACACUCUGGUGGGUGGCUCUGUGGCCUACACAGAUGUUGUUCAGCUCUUUUGCAUUUUUGUGGGACUGUGGAUCAGUGUUCACUAUGCCUUGUCACAUCCUGCAGUCUCCAAUAUUGGGUUUACUGCAGUGCAUGCCAAAUACCAGGAGCCCUGGCUGGGGACCAUUGAAUCCUAUGAAAUCUACACAUGGCUUGAUAGUUUCUUGUUGUUGAUUCUGGGUGGAAUCCCAUGGCAGGCAUACUUCCAGAGGGUCCUCUCUUCAUCCUCAGCCACCUAUGCUCAAGAGCUGUCCUUCCUGGCAGCUUUUGGGUGCCUGGUGAUGGCUCUGUCAGCCAUACACUUUGGGGCCAUUGAAGCAUCAACAGACUGGAACCAGACUGCAUAAGGGUUUCCAGAUCCCAAGACAAAUGAAGAAGCAGACAUGAUUUUACCGAUUGUUCUGCAGUAUCUCUGCCCUGUGUACAUUUCUUUCUUUGGCCUUGGUGCUGUUUCUGCUGCUGUUAUGUCUUCAGCUGAUUCUUCCAUCUUGUCAGCAAGUUCAAUGUUUGCUCGGAACAUCUACCAGCUUUCCUUCAGUCAAAAUGCAUCAGACAAAGAAAUUGUUUGGGUCAUGCGAACCACAGCAUUUGUGUUCGGAGUCUCUGCAAUGGCCAUGGCCUUGCUGACAAAUAUGGUGUAUGGGCUGUGGUACCUCAGCUCUGACCUCGUCUACAUCAUCAUCUUCCCUCAGCUGCUCUGCGUGCUCUUUGUCAAGGGAACCAACAUGUACGGGGCUGUGGCAGGAUACAUCUCUGGGUUUUUCCUGAGAAUAACUGUAGGGGAACCAUACUUGUACCUUCAGCCCUUGAUCUUCUACCCCGGUUAUUACUCUGAUAAGAACAGUAUAUAUAAUCAGAGGUUCCCUUUAAAAACACUGUCCAUGGUUACCUCAUUCCUAGCUAAUAUUGGUGUCUCUUAUCUAACCAAAUAUCUGUUUGAAAGUGGAACCUUGCCACCAAAAUUAGAUGUAUUUGAUGGUGCUGUUGCGAGACACAGUGAAGAAAACAUGGAUAAGACAAUUUUGGUCAAAAAUGAAAAUAUUAAAUUAGAUGAACUUGCACCUGUGAAGCCUCGGCAGAGCAUAACUCUCAGCUCAACCUUCACCAAUAAAGAGGCCCUUCUUGACAUCGAUUCCAGUCCAGAAGGGUCUGAGACUGAAGAUAAUUUACAGUGA